AUGAUUGAGAUAAUGGAUAAGCGAACGAGACUUGGAAGCGAAGAUGAAACCGAUCAAUCCUUCAGUGCUGCUAAGCGACAAAAACAGGCAAUCAGUCCUACAGCUCGAUACCAGCCUGAAGACUAUACGGUCGGCUGGAUCUGUGCACUACACACCGAGACGGCAGCUGCGCGUGCCAUGUUGGACUGCAUCCAUGACGAUUUGCCCCGGGCGCCGCAGGACAUCAAUACAUACACGUUUGGUAGUAUUGGACAUCACAAUAUCGUUAUAGCAAGCUUGCCCGCCGGCUACUAUGGGACGAAUAAUGCCGCUACUGUUGCGAGCAAUAUAGAAAGGAGUUUCCCGUCUAUUGAAAUACAUCUAAUGGUGGGAAUUGGUGGCAGCGCACCAGGGAAGCUGGAUCUUCGACUUGGUGAUAUUGUGGUUGGCAGCCGAGUGAUGCAAUACGAUCUUGGUAAAAUUGUCGGCGACGGCCAAAUUGAGCGGACGGGUUUCUCGAUAAUCCCACCGCCGAAAUUGUUAACUUACAUCACAAAGCUUCGCGCGAUUCAUGAAUUGACACCAACGAGGGUGCCAGUUAUUCUUCAAGAAAUGUAUCACAGAUAUCCCCAAAUGGCCUCGUACGCUCGUCCAAACGCCCAAGAUCGACUGUUUCGCGCCGACUUCAACCACAAUCGUGCCGCAGCUAGCUGUGAUCAAUGCGAUGCGUCGAUGCUAGUGCUUCGUCUUCCGAGGACAAAUUUUCAUCCAAAAAUCCACUACGAGGCCAUUGCCUCUAGCAAUCAGGUCAUGAAGCAUGGGAUCACAAGAGAUAAGAUUGCACAAGAACUUCAAGUUGCGUGUUUCGAAAUGGAGGCGGCUGGUUUGAUGAAUUUUCCGUAUCUGAUAAUCCGAGGAAUUUGCGAUUAUUCAGACUCGCACAAGAAUAAACAGUGGCAAGAAUACGCAGCAGCAACAGCAGCGGCUUAUGCCAAAGAGUUUUUGAACACCAUACCAACCACUGAGGAGGCAACACAAACGACAGUGCAAGUGGUGAAGCCUAGGGCUGAUGAAGAGCCUUUGAAAGAUUGGUGGCAACGGUUUUUGGACUGUCUGAAAUUUGAACAAAUCGACUCUCGCCAUUCAAACAUCGAAGCUGCCUAUAAAGCAACGUGCAAUUGGUUUUUUCAAAGCCCUGAAUAUCUCGCCUGGAUUGACUCAGCAAAGCUUAGUGAGCAUCACGGUUUCUUGUGGCUUGGUGGCAAGCCUGGUGCUGGCAAAUCGACAAUAAUGAAAUUCGCAUAUACACGCGUGAAAGAAGAACUAAUUACUAAGAAUGCUGUAGUAUCGUUCUUCUUCAAUGCCCGAGGUGACGUUUUGGAGAGGUCUACAACAGGAAUGUAUCGCUCUUUGUUACUUCAGCUUCUGCAAAAGUAUCCGGAUCUCCAAAAAGUUUGCGAGGAUUCAAAUCUUAUUAUACAAAAGGGCAGCUGUCCUUCUUCGGAGGCCAUUCAACUCCUAUUUCAAAACGCAAUUUCAAAGCUUGGAAAACGCUCUCUUACUUGCUUUAUCGAUGCCCUGGAUGAAUGUGAUGAGCUUCAAGUUCGUGACAUGGUGCGGUAUUUCGAGACCCUAGGGCAACAAGCGGUUGACGAUAACAUUGAACUGCGCAUUUGUUUUUCUAGCCGUCAUUAUCCUUAUAUCUUUAUUCGAAAAGGUAUAAGGCUUACGCUUGAAAACCAAAAAGGCCACGGAGAAGACGUGGUAAGAUAUAUACAAGGAAACCUUAGAGCCGACCCUGGCCCUUUGGUGAAAGAGGUCCAAGCCCAGAUUCUUCAAAAAGCAGCUGGAGUAUUCAUGUGGGUCGUUUUGGUUGUCGAUAUCCUUAACAAAGAGUUUGCACGAGGUCGCAUGUUUGCAGUGAUGAAAAGACUUGCAGAAAUCCCUGAUCGACUAAGCGACUUGUUUAAGGAUAUUCUUAAACGCGAUAAUGAAAACAUGGAAGACCUAUUACUCUGUCUUCAAUGGAUAUUAUAUGCUAAACGACCCUUGAUGAGACAAGAGUUUUAUUUUGCUGUCUCGACUGGAUUACUGGGUGAUGACGAGGACCUUUUGAAUGAUCUUAUGACUCCGAUUCCGAACGAUAUAAUUGACAGAUUUGUUGUCAGCUCUUCGAAAGGCCUAGCAGAGGUUACCAAGUCGAAUCAGCCCACCGUUCAGUUCAUUCAUGAGUCCGUACGUGAUUUCUUAAUCAAGGAUAAUGGUAUCCAAGAACUGUGGCCCGAAUUCGGCGACGGCUUCGAAGGUUUGUGUCACGACAAACUGAAACGGUGCUGUUAUAAGUAUUUAGAGCUCAUGGGUACACACCUAAGAAAUGAAGGUGUCUUUUCAAAAGGAAAGGAAGAAAUGAAAGUAUUCAGAGUAUCUGUAUCAUUACGAGCCCCAUUUCUCGGGUACGCAACUCACAAUGUACUAUAUCAUGCUGAUAGUGCGGCAAGGAGCAUGCCUCAAGAUAGCUUUUUAGCUGAGUUUAAACUCAGAGAUUGGAUUGUCACAAGCAACUUGAUCGAAAGCUACAAAGUACGCCGCUAUACGGCGACAGCAUGUCUGUCUUAUAUCUUGGCAGACAAGGGGUUUUCGGCUCUAAUCCAAACACAACUUCGCCAUGAUUCGAAUUAUUGUACUUUAGGCGAGAGGUACCGAUAUCCGAUUUUCGCUGCCAUUAUGAACGGAAAUGUUGCUGCCGUUCAAGCCCUUCAAGGAAAAGAUGCUUUAUCCGCUGGUGAAACUUCUUGCCGUCCAGAGGAUAUCAGACAUCGCUUGAUCUGCAAAGAUGAAAAUUUCCUAUGGGCAAUUAGCAAAGGCUAUAAGCCUAUCGUUGAGUGGUUCAUUGAAAAUGGGGUAGAUGUGAACAUGACGAGUCACGAUUAUAGGCCGGCGUUGUUAAUAGACGUGGAGAAAGGUCACGCCAGUACUGCAGAGCUACUGGCAGAAAGAGGCGCAGAUGUCACCUUCAAAGACACAUACCGACUCCAUCAAACCGCACUCAUUAUAGCUAUCCAAAAACACUAUAAUACCAUAGCGGCAAUGCUUAUAGAAAGAGGUGCAGAUAUCAACAUCAAGGAUGACCGCGGUCGGACGCCGCUGAUGCAUGCUAUUGAGCGAAGAAAUAAAAAUACUAUACAGCUGCUUCUCAAAAAAGGCGCAGAUAUCAACACCAAGAGUCGCCUAAGUCAGUCGCUUUUAAGACUUAAAAUUGCGCACGAAAAUACUAUAGAUAUCAUACAGCUGCUUAUUGAAAGGGGUGCAGACAUCAACGAACAGGAUAGCAGUGGCUGGACGUCACUGCUAUAUAGCAUGAAUGAAGGAAGGGAUAAAAAAAUCAUACAGCUUCUCAUCGAAAACGGCGCAGACAUCAACCUUAAUUCUGAUGGUGGCAUGGCACCGCUGAUGCAUGCUAUAGACCAGAAGAUUGAUCAAGAUAUUAUACAACUGCUCAUUGAAAAAGGUGCAGAUGUCAACACUGAGGAUUCCGGCGGCUGGGUACCGCUGAUGCAUGCUAUCAGGCAUAAAAAUAAUGAGAAUAUUGUACAGUUGCUUAUAGAGAAGGGCGCAAACGUUAACAGUAAGAAUUCCAGCGGCCAGACGCCGCUGAUAUAUGCUAUUCAGCAAAGGAGUGAUGAAGAUAUCAUACGGCUACUUAUUGAAAAAGGUGCAGAUAUAGAUGUUGAGGAUUGUGAAGGCCAGACAGCGCUGAAUAUAGCUUUUCGAAUGAAAAACUAUCCCAUUACUGCAUUCUUGAUCGAAAAAGGCGCAGACUCUAGCUCAAUUGGCUUUGGAGGAACUACUAUUGAAGAGCGUUUGGCGGCUUUUACCAGGAGGCCGCAAGUCGAGUAUCUCGACUCAUCUGUAACGGAUGAGGAUGACUUGAGGGAUUUUGAUUAUGAUGAAGGUUUUAUCUAA